AGCAUAGUGAUAUAUGAAAUCUCAGUGGAAAUAUCAUAUGUAUUAAUGCAGAACAGCAAAGCUAACGAGGCUAAUUAAUCUUUCAUCUCUAUUUGUAGCUGCCAGAAGUACAAAUCCGCUAAUGAACAGUUUUCCACUAAUGGGUGCUGGGGUGAGAACAAAAUUCUGACAAGACGUAGAGAAAGACCCUCAGUACUGGAGAGACCAAGCAAAGAAGACUCUUAAGCGUGCACUAGAUCUCCAACAGCUGAACACCAACAUAGCACAAAACCUCAUUAUAUUCCUGGGCGAUGGGAUGGGAGUAUCUACGGUCACCGCUGCUCGCAUCUUAAAGGGACAGAUGACAGGUCAGCUUGGGGAGAAUACACAACUGGAAAUGGAAAAAUUCCCUUAUUUGGCUCUCUCCAAAACAUAUAACACAAAUGCGCAAGUGCCAGACAGUGCAGGAACAGCCACUGCCUUUCUGUGUGGGAUUAAGACAAACUCAGGGAUGCUGGGAGUGAGUGCAGGUACCAUGCAGAGUCAGUGUAACACAUCCAAAGGCAAUGAAGUGGAAUCCAUCCUAAAGUGGGCCAAGAAUGCAGGGAAGUCAGUAGGUGUAGUAACUACAACCCGCGUUCAACACGCAACGCCUGCUGCCGCCUACUCUCACAGUGCAGAUCGCGACUGGUACUCAGACAAAGAGAUGCCCUCGGAGGCCAUUAACCAGGGCUGCAAAGACAUUGCAUUGCAGUUGGUGGAGAAUGUACCGGAUAUUGAGGUGAUUCUGGGAGGAGGGAGGAAAUACAUGUAUCCCUGGGACACUACGGACGUUGAGUACCCUGAAGAUCAGACUUGCAAUGGCACAAGAAAAGAUGGGAAAAAUCUGAUUAAAAUCUGGGAAGAGAAGAAGCCAGCAGGGAAGACGUCCCAGUAUAUUUGGAACCGAGAACAGCUGCUGGCUAUUGAUCCAAGCACGGUAGACUUUUUAAUGGGUCUGUUUGAGCCUGGCGAUAUGCACUAUGAGUUAGAGAGGAAAAACUCCACAGACCCUUCUCUUUCCGAAAUGGUUCAGACAGCAAUAAAGAUUCUCAUGAAGAAUCCAAAGGGAUUUUUCCUGCUAGUGGAAGGUGGAAGAAUUGACCAUGGACAUCAUGCUGGGAAGGCCAGUCUAGCAUUGCAUGAGGCAGUAGAAAUGGACAGAGCAAUAGGGUUUGCAGGAGAUAUGACCUCAGAGGAAGACACCCUUACUGUUGUCACUGCUGACCACUCCCAUGUUUUUACAUUUGGAGGGUAUGCACCUAGAGGAAAUCCUAUACUGGGGUUGACUGCAUCUCUCAGCAAUAUUGAUGGCAAACCCUUUACCUCCAUCCUGUAUGGGAAUGGCCCUGGGUACAAUGUGACAUUAAAUGGGAGAGAAAAUAUUACUGGAGUGAACACAACUGAUCCAGAUUAUCAAGCCCAGGCUGCAGUGCCUUUGACCUUUGAGACUCACAGUGGAGAAGAUGUUGCUAUCUUUUCAAGGGGCCCCAUGGCACAUCUACUGCAUGGAGUUCAGGAGCAGAAUUAUAUCGCUCAUGUCAUGGCAUAUGCCGCCUGUAUUGGGCAGGACCAGAACCCUUGUGCAGAUGGAAGACACAGUGCUGGGUCUGCGGGUACCCAGGCACCCCCUCUCAUACUGCUGCUAGUGAUUACUGCUUUGCUUAUCCUAUGAAUCUGCCAGGCAUCCGUACAUUUCUCUGCCAACUGCAUUUUUUGAAGUUAAAUCUGAGAAAUUAGGCUUGUGAUAUUUAAGUGAUGUAUUUUAAAUAUUCAAUGUAUAAUAUUAAAUCAUUAGUUCAUCUAGUAUCAUUAUGUUUUCUGCCAAUAUUGAAAUUGUUCUCAUAGUCACCUGAGAUCCUACACUGAUUUACUGAGGCCGGACAGAUAGCUCAGCAUGCUAAUGCACUGUGGCUGAGCUCUGUAGCAACCCGAGGGUUGCAGGUUCGAUCUCUGGCAAGGUCCACUCAGCCUUUCAUCCUUCCAAAGUUGAUAAAAUGAGCAGCACCUUGAGACCCUUAUGGGUGAUUACCCGUGCUUUACAAGUACCCAAUACAUACACAUCUUAACAUAAGUAACUUUACGAAGAGGAUCCCCAAGUCAUUUACUUUUAUAUAAGUUCUUUGAUUACCCUUGGUAUAGCUUUUAUAUAAUUUUCCUUAUUACAAACUCUUUAAACAUUUUUCCUUUAAAUAACAUUUCCCAAUCUUGUGGGAAAAGCACAGUAUGAUUCUGGUAGAGGGACCUUCCUCUCUCUUAUACUCUUCCACCUUUUUCUCCUCUCUUUCUUCUCUUCCCCUCUCCCUUUUUUUUUCUCCCCUAUAUCUGAAUCAAAGCAACGAACAUGGUGCAGAUAUGUCAACAUCAAUUCUAAAUAAACUUUUUAACAAUCAAUGCUAAAGACCUUAAUAUUCCCAAAAAGCGGUAUAUGUUACUCCAAUAUUUAGCUAGGCUCAAUAGUGAAAUAGCAUUCUUGCAGGUGACACAUUUCAAAAGGGUGAGGAACCUAGAUGGUACAUCUCCAAGUACCCUCAGGUAUACCUAGCAUCCACGACUCUGAGGGUAGAUAUUUAAUAUUAAUUGGCCUUCUGUUUGGUAGACCAAGUAUUCUGAUUUCUGUCUACUCCCCAAAUUUUCAGUGACUAACAGAAAUACUAGAAUUAAGAAAGGGUGCCCUCCUUAUAAGAGUGGACUUUAAUAUUCCACUGGACCACACAAUGUGGCACAUCUAAGGGAAUAUCUGUGGUCCCUAAAAUUUUCAUUAUAAAAUGUAGUAAAAGAUUGAAAGAAAUAACAGUAUGUGAUGCCUGGCGUAAACAAGACCCCUCUCUGGGGAACCUUGUAUUUUUCUCACAUUCCCACCAGACCUACUCCAGGAUAGGCUAUCUUUUUGUAGACCAACUUAGCCUAGCAAUGUCUAAAGAAUCUUAAAUCUAUAAGGUCACCUGAUCUGAUCAUGCCCCCAUACUUUGCAAAAUUAAUUGGUCAAGCACCCUUUAUCGACCAUUCAUCUGUAGAUUAAAUGAUACACUACUUAACAAUCCCCUAGUUAAACAAGAUAUUGAAAAAACUCUUUUGAAAUAUUUUGACAUAAAUGAGACAACCCAACCAGACAUCACCACUGUUUGGGAAGCAGACUAGAGCGUUAUCAAGGGGGGAAUUCCUUAAACAUAAACAAGGUUAUCAAGGUAUUAUAUGAUUGCAUUUUCAAACAGUAAUUCAAGAUUGUAUAACCAAUAUUUACAAAUAAAAGAUUGGGAAGCUUCUAUAA